AUGAUCCCGAUCGACGCGCGCCUGGACGCGCAAGUCCGCGAUUGGGUCCUGCUCCCGAUCUUUAUCGCCAUGUACGCGGUCGGGUGCGUCCGCCACCACGUCUCGCGCGCGCUCAACGCGAGCGAGACGAGCGAUAAAGCGAGAGAUGAAGUGAAGAAUGAGAUCACGGAUGGGAAUCUCGCGACGCGCGCCGAUCGCUUGGCGUCCUUCUGCGGCUAUCUGCGCCCGCGGUCGUUUCUGUCGCGAUUGAACUACCUGUGCGACGAUGAACGAGGGAAAUUGAGCGAGACGCGAGGGAGUGAUACGUCGAAGAAGGCGAUGGAGAUGAUGAGCGACCCGACGAAGGCGACGGCGAUGAUGUCGAAGAGUUUGAUCAACAUCGUCCCGCAGAUGGUCACCGGGGCGUGGGUGAAUUUUUUCUUCACCGGGUUCGUCGUCGGACGCGUGCCGUUUCCGUUGACGGCGAGUUUUCGUGGGAUGUUACAGCGCGGCGUCGCGCUGCGAGGACUGGACGUGACGUACGUAUCGAGCCUUUCGUGGUACUUUUUAAACCUCUUCGGCUUGGGUGGAGUGUUUCGCUUGACGUUGGGGGCGAACGAGGAGGAGACGGACCCAAUGGCGGGUCGUCAAGCGAUGAUGGGGGCGAUGGGGGCGAACGCUGAUCGCGCGUUUGCGCAAAUCAAGGAGCGGCUGGCGGCGACGAAACACGAGCACACGAUUUGGCGCGCGGACGCCCGGGCGACGGCCAUCUUGAGCGCUCUGUGCGAGGGUAAGAGCGAGAUCGAGGCGAGGCGGAUCGCUUUGAAGAAAUGA